AUCAUCUCAGAAAAUUUUCUCAACUUGGCAAAAUUACUACUUUCGGAAAAUGAGACAAUGAACCAGGAAACUACCCCAUGAAGAUCCCAGUCGGCUCAGUAUAAUGGAGUUUCUUGAACUUCCACACAACUGUCAAACUUUACUCUCUGCUCCCAAUCUAAUCCUUUUCUCUCUCUUUUUUCCUUUUCUUGACUCUCCCUCUGAAAACCUAACUCUCAAGCUGUCUACCCAAUCAGUGCCAUUACAGUUCAAGAUCUGAGUUUCUAAGCACUUCUUAGAGAUAAAGAAAAAUGUCUUCUUUCAUUAUUUUCUUUCUAACGUUGCUAUUAAUUAGACAAUGCAGUGGCCGUGUUUUCACAUUUGAAAUGCACCAUCGUUUCUCUGAAACUGUCAAGAAAUGGUCACUGCAGAAAAUAGGUGGUCCACUUCAUAAUUGGCCGGUCAAAGGAAGUCUUCAGUACUAUACUCAGUUGGCCAACCACGAUAAGUUGUUACAUGGUAGGAAGCUUUUCAAAUUUGACGGACCACUCACUUUCUCUGAUGGCAAUUCCACUUUCCGGAUCAGCUCUCUUGGAUUUUUGCAUUACACUACAGUGACGUUGGGGACACCGGGGAUGAAGUUUCUUGUGGCGCUUGAUACUGGGAGUGAUUUAUUUUGGGUGCCUUGUGAAUGCGGCAAAUGUGCUUCUACUGAUGAUCCUACACUUUACAGCUUUGAUUUUGAGCUUAGCAUAUACAGCCUGAAUGGUUCGUCAACUAGCAAGCAGGUCACCUGCAGUAAUAGCUUGUGUACAGAGCGCAAUAAUUGCCUUGGUGUAUAUAGCCACUGCCCUUAUUCAGUGUCCUAUGUCUCCUCGGAAACUUCAACUUCCGGAAUUUUAGUGGAUGAUAUUCUGCACUUGAGAACAGAAGACAAUGAGGAAAAAUUUGUUCAGGCGCGUGUGAUCUUUGGUUGUGGACAAGUGCAGACUGGUUCUUUUCUAGAUGUUGCGGCACCAAACGGUUUAUUUGGGCUUGGGCUUGAGAAGAUAUCAGUCCCUAGUAUUCUGUCUCGAGAAGGUUUUAUGGCAGAUUCCUUCUCCAUGUGCUUUGGUCAUGAUGGGGCAGGACGAAUUAGUUUUGGAGACAAGGGUAGCUUUGACCAGGAAGAGACCCCUUUUAAUAUAAACCCAUUACACCCAACGUAUAACAUUUCUGUAGAUCAAAUACGCGUGGGAACAACUCUCGUUGAUUCAGGUUUUACAGCACUUUUUGAUACCGGAACAUCCUUCACGUAUCUUGCUGACCUAUCCUAUACGAAGCUUUCAGAGAGUUUCCAUUCUCAAGUACGAGACAAGCGGCGCCCACUUGAUCCUAGGAUCCCUUUCGAUUAUUGUUAUGAUAUGAGUCCUGAUGCAAAUACGAGCUUGAUUCCUAGUUUAAGCCUAACUAUGAAAGGGGGAGGCCAGCUUGUUGUCUAUGAUCCAAUUAUUGUUAUAUCCAUGCAGAGUCAACUCGUGUAUUGCCUGGCUGUUGUGAAGAGUCAAGACCUAAAUAUAAUUGGACAAAACUUCAUGACUGGGUACCGCUUUGUGUUUGAUCGAGAAAAGGCCAUUCUUGGUUGGAAGAAGUUUGAUUCAGGUUAUGACAUUGAGAAAAUAGACCAUUUCCCAUCAGAAGUCGUUAAUACUACUCGUGUGCCACCUGCUGUUGCUGUUGGGCCUGGAAAUGAUGAUGCAGAAAAAUCAGAUGAAAGGACUACAAAUACUCCUCAAAGUUCUUUUGCAUCAUCAGUUUAUCAAACAUUUUAUUUGAACCUGAUAAACUGCUACCUAACAUCUCUAACAUUGCUACUUUUAUAAUAGCUACCAUAUGCUCGUUGUCACUGACCUUUUGGCAGCUAGAUAUGGUUGAAGUUCUCUGGAUUUAGGUAUAUGUUUCUUAGCACUUUAGCACAUAGUGCGGAUAACAACCUUGUAAAGCUCCAAUAUGGUCAGAAUUUUUUUCUUUGCCUGGUCAUAUUUGAUUUCGAGGCUAACCCAUUUAAUGUAAAUACAUAUAGAAAAGUUAUAUUUCUUCCGAGCCAA